GAACAAGGAAAACAGAGAGAGAGAGAGAGCAAGCAAAAAAAAAAAGCAGAAGAAGAAAGAAGAAGAUGAAUUUAGAGGAGAAUUGUAAAACAGUUAAUCACGAUUCGCCAUGAGAGCUCUUCAAUUUAGAUUCUUCUUCUUCAUCAUCUUCUUCUCAGUUUCCGUUAGUAGUGAACUUCAUCGGAGAAUCCUUCAUCAGCCGCUUUUCCCGGAAACUUCUACUCCUCCUCCACCAGAUUUCGAAUCAACGCCGUCUCCUCCUAUACCAAACACUCCCGAUCAGCCAUUUUUCCCGGAGAAUCCUUCUACGCCUGAACAGAAUCAGUAUCCUCCUCCUCCACCUCCUGUUUCCGCCGACGUCAAUGGCGGAUUACCGAUUCCAACAGCUACCACUCAAUCAGCGAAGCCUGGGAAAAAAGUUGCUAUCGUCAUUUCUGUUGGAAUUGUCACGCUUGGGAUGCUUUCUGCUUUAGCUUUCUUCUUGUAUCGUCAUAAAUCGAAGCACGCGAGCGAUACUCAGAAGCUUGUUAGUGGAGGUGGCGAUGGCGGCGGUUCUCGAAGAUUCCAGGAAGAUCCAGGACCACCGACGACGACGUCGUCUACAUUUCUCUACAUGGGAACUGUUGAACCGAGCCGUGUAUCGGCGAGUGAGUCUAACGGCGGAACUAAUGGACCGGUUAAUUCGUCUCCGUACUGGAAGUUGAAUUCGGCUAAGAGAUCGGAACGGUAUAGGCCGAGUCCGGAGCUUCAACCGCUUCCUCCGUUAGCUAAACCGCCGCAGCCGUCAGAUAACUCUCCGUCGGCUUUAUCUCCUUCUUCAUCAUCUUCCGGUGAAGAAUGCCGUGAUACGGCGUUUUACACGCCUCAUGGAUCUGCGAUCAGCAGCGAUGACGGUUACUACACGGCAUUUCCUCGCUCCGCCAAAUCACUUCCUCACUCGAAGAGAACAUCUCCGAGGUCUAAGUUUGGAUCAGCUCCUGCGACGGCAGCAUCUAGGUCGCCGGAGAUGAAACACGUCAUCAUCCCGUCAAUAAAGCAGAAACUGCCGCCACCAGUACAACCUCCGCCUCUAAGAGGCAUGGAAAGUGAUGAACAAGAGCUUCCUUAUUCCCAGAACAAGCCUAAGUUCUCGCAGCCACCUCCACCGCCGAACAGGGCGGCGUUUCAAGCAAUAACUCAGGAUAAAUCACCAGUGCAUCCACCACGGCGGUCUCCACCUCCAGUCCAGACUCCACCACCACCGCCUCCUCCUCCGCCUCUUGCUCCGCCUCCACCUCCUCAGAAACGGCCGAGAGAUUUCCAGAUGCUACGAAAAGUCACCAAUUCGGAAGCAACAACCAAUUCCUUAACGUCACCUUCAAGAAAACAAUCACUCAAGACUCCAAGUCCUAAGUCGAAGGCUGUUGAAGAGGUCAAUAGCGUAUCAGCCGGUUCUCUUGAGAAUACAGGUGAUGGGGACACGGACCCAAGCAAGCCAAAGUUAAAGCCACUUCACUGGGACAAAGUACGAGCGAGCUCAGAUCGAGCCACUGUUUGGGACCAGCUCAAAUCAAGCUCAUUCCAAUUGAACGAGGAUAGGAUGGAGCAUCUGUUUGGUUGCAAUUCUGGAAGUUCAGCUCCAAAGGAACCUGUGAGAAGGUCAAUGAUGCCUCCUGCUGAGAAUGAGAACAGAGUGCUAGAUCCAAAGAAAUCGCAGAACAUUGCAAUUCUCUUAAGAGCUCUCAAUGUAACACGUGAAGAAGUGUCUGAAGCUCUCACGGAUGGUAAUCCCGAGAGCUUAGGUGCUGAGCUUUUAGAGACUUUGGUGAAAAUGGCUCCAACAAAGGAGGAAGAGAUCAAACUCCGAGAGUACUCUGGUGAUGUCUUGAAACUAGGGACAGCUGAAAGAUUCCUUAAAACCAUUCUUGAUAUCCCUUUUGCCUUUAAAAGAGUUGAAGCAAUGUUGUAUAGAGCCAACUUUGAUGCAGAAGUCAAGUAUCUAAGGAACUCUUUCCAGACAUUAGAGGAAGCAAGCUUAGAACUAAAAGCAAGCAGACUAUUCCUAAAGCUCCUUGAGGCUGUCUUAAUGACUGGAAACCGAAUGAACGUUGGCACGAAUCGCGGAGAUGCCAAAGCCUUCAAACUCGAUACACUUUUAAAACUUGUAGACAUCAAAGGAGUUGAUGGCAAAACCACAUUGCUUCAUUUUGUUGUCCAAGAAAUCACAAGAACCGAGGGAACAACAGCAACAAAAGAUGAAACCAUCCUCCAUGGAAACAGUGACGGUUUCAGAAAGCAAGGAUUACAAGUAGUUGCUGGACUCAGUAGAGAUCUGGUUAAUGUGAAAAAAUCAGCCGGAAUGGAUUUUGAUGUACUGAGCAGUUACGUGACAAAGCUCGAAAUGGGUCUUGGUAAACUCCGAUCAUUUCUCAAGUCAGAGACAACUCAAGGGAAGUUCUUUGAUUCGAUGGAAACGUUUCUCAAAGAAGCAGAGGAAGAGAUCCGAAAGAUCAAAGGAGGAGAAAGAAAAGCUUUGUCAAUGGUCAAAGAAGUAACAGAGUAUUUCCAUGGAAACGCAGCGAGAGAAGAAGCACAUCCUUUAAGAAUCUUCAUGGUCGUGAGAGAUUUUCUCGGAGUUCUCGAUAACGUUUGUAAAGAAGUGAAGACGAUGCAAGAAAUGUCGACAUCGAUGGGUUCAGCUUCAGCUAGAUCGUUCAGGAUUUCAGCAACAGCAUCGUUACCGGUUCUUCAUAGGUAUAAAGCAAGACAAGACGACACAAGCUCGGAUAGUGAACACAGCAGCAACUCUUCUACGUGAUUGAAACAAAAAGCUGUACAGUUUCUUACACCAAGACAAGAAGAAUUCAAAUUGGUGUUUCUCAAACCGGAGGAGAUAUCAGAUAUUGAGUUGGUUUAGUCGGAGAACACGGACCGGUUAGAGAGUAACACACACUAUAAUGAUCAAAUUUUCGUAACAAAUAAGGAACCCUUUU